AUCUCCGAACUCCGCGUAUGCUGCCCGGGCCGCGCGCGGCCAGGCGCCCCGUCAGCAGUCGGCGGGGGUGAGGAUGACGCGGACCGGGCGGGAGGCCGGCCAACUGCAGCAACCCCGCCGCGCCACCCGCUUCCCGGCCCCGGAGCCCACCGCGUCCGGAGCCGGAGGGGGCCCGGCGCCCGGGGGCGGGGCGGGGCACGGACCGCGGUCUCUCCCGCAGCAGCCCCGCCGCUCCAGCCUAUCAGCGGCCACCCGGCGGCUCCCUCGGCUGGACCAAAAUAGCUGCGAACGCCUGCGACUUGCGCGCGGCCCCUCACUUGACGCUCACUCCGGCUCGUUCGCCCGCUCCGCUCCCCUCGCCUAAAGGGGGCGGGGAGGAAGCGCCGGGGAGGGGGGUGGGGGGUGGGGGAGAGAGAGGAAGGAGGAAGGAAGGAAGGAAGGGAGGAAGGAAGGAAGGAAGGAAGGAAGGAAGGAAGGAAGGGAGGGAGGGAGGGAGUCGGACGGAGGCGCGGAGCUCGGGGCUGCGCGGCGCGGCGCUGGAAGGCGCCGGCGUUAACCCCUCGAGGGCAGGCAGCGGAGGGGGAGCGGUGUUAAUACAUAAGAGCACUGCAUCACGCUAAUCUUCUCCCCAGAACAGUAUGCGUCAGCAGUACAUUCACGUUCUGACUGAAGGACAAAAGGAUGAGAGAGCAGUCUGCGUGGCUGCUGCCUGCAACACCGCGAGCCCGGCGCGAGGAGGAGACGGUGGGCGCCGAGCGCAGGGGCCCCGCUGCUGCUGCCGCUGCUGCUGCUGCCGCCGCCGCCGCCGCUAGCCAGCGCGGACCAUGUUCUCGGGCUCCGGAGCGUUCCCCGCAGCCGCGACCCCCGCUGCUCACGCCACCGCCGGCGCUCGGGCCGCUGCAGCAGUCCGCGGGCGGCGCAGCCACUGAAGGCGCCGCGAGCCAAAGCCCGGAACUCGCUCCCUCCGCACAAAGCCAGAGCCGGCGGCGCGCCGGGGGCCCGGCUGCGGCGGGCGGCGGCGGGCGGUUGCGCGCCACCGGGGGCUGCGGCCGCCGCCGCCGCCGCCGGACCCGCGCCCGCCCCCGGACUCCCUGAAGGGGCCUGCGGUGCGGGCGCGACCCGGCCGCCGCGCGCUUCUCCGGCCGGCGGACCUGGUCCCGGCGCUGCCUCCACGCCGCUGACCCUCAGGGGGCUGGACGGACUGCUGCUCCUCGCGCCGGCAGACGGCGGGCUGGGAAACUAAGCCCAGUUUUGGUCUUUUUAACCCUUGAGAGAAGAGGCGAGCAAAGAAGGGGGUGUGUGUCUGGGGAGGGCGAAGGAGCCGCGAACACCUCCUCUUAACUCUCGCAGCCCCGCGGGCGAACGACUGCAUCAGCUGCCUCCGGCCGGAACCGCCGACACAAGGAGAGGGGGCAGCGCAGCAGCGAGCGAGCGAGCGCGGCCUGGGAGGCUUCGGGGCGCCCCCUCACCCCCGCCGGGUGGCAGCCGCGGGAGCGGGCUGGGGGCGCCGGAGGCACGCUCCGGCGAUGAAGCGGCUUCCCCCGUGGCUGGUGCGAGCCGGUGCCAGGGUCCAAGGACAAAGCAGGGAAGCGCUGGUGGCGCCGCUCCUCGCGCUGAGGGGGGGGCAUGCACCUGCAUAGCCCGCCGGGCCUCGGCUCUCCCCGGCGCGCCUCAACUCCGCUGCUUCGCCGUAGCCUGCUCCGGAUUUACUAGAAGCCAUUUUGUCUCCCCCACCCCUCCCCUCCCCUCCCCUCCCCUCCGCCCUCCCCGCCCCCUCCACUCCCCCCCUCCCCCCGUUUUGUUAAUUAAAACUAAGAAGUAAGAAUGGCAACGACGUGGCCGGCUCCCGUGGAGAACGCUUAAGGACACCACGCCAAUUCCUUCCUUCCGAGAUGGAAAGAGGAGCUCCUAGCUCAUUUAAGCCGGGGUAGGGCUGGUUCUCCUUUCCGAGCCAAAAUCCCAGGCGAUGGUGAAUUAUGAACGUGCCACACCAUGAAGCUCUUGUGGCAGGUAACUGUGCACCACACCUGGAAUGCCGUCCUGCUCCCCGUCGUCUACCUCACGGCGCAAGUGUGGAUUCUGUGUGCAGCCAUCGCCGCUGCCGCCUCCGCCGGGCCCCAGAACUGCCCAUCCGUUUGCUCGUGCAGUAACCAGUUCAGCAAGGUGGUGUGCACCCGUCGGGGCCUCUCCGAGGUCCCUCAGGGUAUUCCCUCCAACACCCGGUACCUCAACCUCAUGGAAAACAAUAUCCAGAUGAUCCAGGCCGACACCUUUCGCCACCUCCACCACCUGGAGGUCCUGCAGCUGGGCAGGAACUCCAUCCGGCAGAUCGAGGUGGGGGCCUUCAACGGCCUGGCCAGCCUCAACACCCUGGAGCUGUUUGACAACUGGCUGACAGUCAUCCCCAGUGGGGCCUUUGAGUACCUGUCCAAGCUGCGGGAGCUCUGGCUUCGCAACAACCCCAUAGAAAGCAUCCCCUCUUAUGCCUUCAACCGGGUGCCCUCCCUCAUGCGCUUGGACUUGGGGGAGCUCAAGAAGCUGGAGUACAUCUCUGAGGGCGCUUUUGAGGGACUGUUCAACCUCAAGUACCUGAACCUGGGCAUGUGCAACAUUAAAGAUAUGCCCAAUCUGACCCCCCUGGUGGGGCUGGAGGAGCUGGAGAUGUCAGGGAACCACUUCCCUGAGAUCAGGCCUGGCUCCUUCCACGGCCUCAGCUCCCUCAAGAAGCUAUGGGUCAUGAACUCACAGGUCAGCCUGAUUGAGCGGAACGCUUUUGAUGGGCUGGCCUCACUUGUGGAACUCAACCUGGCCCACAAUAACCUCUCUUCUUUGCCCCAUGACCUCUUCACCCCACUGAGGUACCUUGUGGAGUUGCACCUACACCACAAUCCCUGGAACUGCGAUUGUGACAUUCUGUGGCUAGCCUGGUGGCUUCGGGAGUACAUACCCACCAAUUCUACCUGCUGCGGCCGCUGUCAUGCUCCCCUGCACAUGCGUGGCCGCUACCUGGUGGAGGUGGACCAGGCCUCCUUCCAGUGCUCUGCCCCCUUCAUCAUGGAUGCCCCUCGGGAUCUCAACAUCUCCGAGGGUCGGAUGGCGGAACUUAAGUGUCGGACUCCCCCAAUGUCCUCCGUGAAGUGGCUGCUGCCCAAUGGGACAGUGCUCAGCCACGCCUCCCGCCACCCGAGGAUCUCUGUCCUCAACGACGGCACCUUGAACUUUUCCCACGUGCUGCUCUCAGACACCGGGGUGUACACUUGCAUGGUGACCAACGUGGCAGGCAACUCCAACGCCUCGGCCUACCUCAACGUGAGCACGGCCGAGCUCAACACCUCCAACUACAGCUUCUUCACCACAGUCACAGUGGAGACCACUGAGAUCUCACCUGAGGAUACGACGCGCAAGUACAAGCCUGUUCCUACGACGUCCACUGGUUAUCAGCCGGCAUAUACCACCUCCACCACGGUGCUCAUUCAGACCACCCGUGUGCCCAAGCAGGUACCCGCGACAGACACCAAUGAUAAGAUGCAGACCAGCCUGGAUGAAGUCAUGAAGACCACCAAGAUCAUCAUUGGCUGCUUUGUGGCAGUGACUCUGCUAGCUGCCGCCAUGUUGAUUGUCUUCUACAAACUUCGUAAGCGGCACCAGCAGAGGAGUACAGUCACAGCCGCCCGGACAGUUGAGAUCAUCCAGGUGGACGAAGACAUCCCAGCGGCGGCGUCUGCGGCAGCAACAGCAGCUCCGUCCGGUGUAUCAGGUGAGGGGGCAGUAGUGCUGCCCACAAUUCAUGACCAUAUUAACUACAACACCUACAAACCAGCACAUGGGGCCCACUGGACAGAAAACAGCCUGGGGAACUCUCUGCACCCCGCAGUCACCACAAUCUCUGAACCUUAUAUAAUUCAGACCCAUACCAAGGACAAGGUACAGGAAACUCAAAUAUGACUCCCCUCCCCCCAAAAACUUACAAAAUGCAAUAGAAUGCACACACACACACACACACACACACAUACAUACACACACACACACACACACACACACAAGACAGCAACUUUUGUACAGAGUGGGGAGAGACUUUUUCUUGUAUAUGCUUCUAUAUUAAAUCUACGGGCUGGUAAAAGAAACAGAUUAUAUUAAAAUUUAAAAACAAAAAUUCAAAACAAAACUAUUUUCUAACUUGUAAGUUCUAUUUAAAGGGGGGAGUGGGGUUCUUGGGAACGUUGUGGGGUAGAAGCCACAAGUCAACUUGCUAUGAUGCCAGAAGGGAUUUCUGAUACAAGGCUGAAACUGCUAAGAUAAACUAAAACAACAACAAAUAUCCCUAAAGAGGUAGGGUGUGGGCUGCUGAGGGGUGGGGUGGGGGUGGGGGUAGACUGUCAUUUUUUAGAAGAUGCUUCACAGCAUACAGGAAUACCCAUUUCUAUAGACACCUUUCUUAAGCUGAGAGCUGUCUUUGCAAAUUUAUUUUAAAAAGAAAUACAAAAAAAGCACCGAGAAUUUGUACUGUGCUGAAGUGUCGAGAGGCAAUAAUUUUUUUUUUCUUCAGAGGCCAAGGGGAAGAUAGAUCUGUAAAUGUAUUCUAAACAGGAAAACCACCAAAAUUUAAAUGACUCCUUAAAGGGGCUCGGUCUUUCCGUCUGUCCAUGUGCACAAGGCUCCUUGGUUUGUGCACCGGGACACGCGCGUGCCCCGCCUGACAGCGCGCCUUGGGAAGCAGAGAAGGAAGGGGGCUGGCGUAGCUCUCAGUCAAAUGCUUUCACAUUGCACCAGAUUCCUGCAGAUGGGUUUAACCCACUCUCUGCAGGGCAUGUGUCUAUUCAGGGUUUCCCUUGAGGGGGAGGAGGCCCCCCCCAAGGGGGUGCGGCCACAGAGGGGGGGUGGGAAGGGAGAGCAGAAGCAGAGCGAAUGUAUUCACAGGAGGCCAUAAAUUAGCAUGGUGCCAUGUCCACCUGUUGUUCCUGGUAUCUGACAAAUGAUUGUAGACAAUGAUGGCAUUUUAUGAUUUUUUAUAAAGGUUUUGUUUGUUUUAAGGUGGAGAAGGAGGAGAGGCUGGGAUUGGGGAGCUUGGGGGAGUGGAAGCUUUUCUCAUGCUUGUGAUUUGGUGACUAUUCUAAAUGCUGAUUCAUUAGGGAUUAUUACAGCUGAUGUCAACUGGUUGUGGUGAUGGGGUGGGGGCAGAACAUGAGUGGAGAGAGAAAAAGGGCACAGGCUCAUUUCAAGUACAAUGAAGCCUUUACUAAACAGGAUGGUUCACAAAAAAGAUGUGAAUCCACAGUUAAAACAAAAGUGAUAUACAUGCACACAAGAAGUGAGUUCUGCAAGGAGUCCUGUGGAACGUGGCACAGUGGGGGGAAGGCUUCCCUCUCCCAGGCCGACCUCAGGAGGAGGUGGAGGAGAAAGGGUGGGCGUGGGCGGGGAAGGCAGAGAUCUCUGUUAUUCUGGUCCAUUUAAUGCUGUAACUUCUUUCAUUUAUUAUUUUAGCUUUAAAAAGAAAUAAAGGGUUCAGAUUUGAAAGGGGUGGGAUGGGUGGGUGGGGGGGAAUGCCAACAAAAGAACACUGAUUGUAAUGUGAGAAAAGUGUAUUUUUGUAUUUUAAUAAAUAUUGUUCAAUUUUUAAUCCAAUGUCCCCAAAGGGUUAAAUUGAAUAAGGUCCUAUAGAUCCUUAUAAGCAUUAACCAAGUCAUUUCUAUUUAAAGAAAAAAAGGCAAAGGGAGGGGAGACGUAAGGUGGGAGGGGAAGACAAUGUUAAAUUUCUUUCAAGUAUGGGAAAAUGCUAAAGCUGUCAACAGUCUUUCCUUAGCUUAAAUAAAAAGCACCCCAAUUCUAGUGCA